GUAGGAAGUAAAUACAGAGGAGUCCACAGAGCCACAGGUAGAAAGUGUGGCAUCAUGCUGGAAGGCUACAGCCCUGUGAUCCAGGCCCUGCUGGGCACUCUGUUUACCUGGGGUCUGACCGCCGCGGGGGCCGCCCUCGUCUUCAUCUUCUCCAGCCGACAGAAGCAGAUCUUGGAUGGAAGUUUGGGUUUUGCAGCCGGGGUAAUGUUGGCUGCAUCCUAUUGGUCAUUGCUGGCACCCGCAAUCGACAUGGCAGAGGAUUCUGGGAAGUACGGCUCAUUCGCCUUCCUGCCGGUGGCUGUGGGAUUCACACUUGGAGCAGCUUUUGUUUACUUUGCUGACCUGCUGUUGCCCAUGCUGGGCGUCUGCGCCGACCCCCACGCCGCCUUGGCUCUGCCCCGCGACUCCAAGCUGGGAAAGGAAAAAGCCGAGGAUCCGUUGCUCCAGCUGCCAGACUCUGAUGAGAUGACCAUCAGGAUAGGUAGAGCUGGACCUGUCACAGACAAAUCUGAAUAUGGAGAGGCCUACCAAAGAAGAAGAGGACCCAAUUCAGGCCAAUUUGAUGGACAAGAAGCAGGAAGUAAAACACCAGAAGGAGUCGGCCAAACAAGCAACAGCUGGCGGCGAAUUCUCCUACUUAUCCUUGCCAUCACCAUUCAUAAUAUACCAGAGGGCCUUGCUGUAGGGGUCGGUUUCGGAGCCAUAGGAAAAACACCUUCUGCUACCUUUGAGAGUGCCAGAAAUCUAGCUAUCGGGAUCGGGAUCCAGAACUUCCCAGAAGGCUUGGCGGUGAGCCUGCCUCUGAGGGGCUCCGGGGUCUCAACCUGGACGGCCUUCUGGUACGGUCAGCUCAGUGGAAUGGUAGAACCCAUCGCCGGCCUGCUGGGCGCCGUCGCAGUCGUACUCGCAGAACCUCUGCUGCCGUACGCGUUGGCGUUUGCUGCCGGAGCGAUGGUCUACGUCGUCGUGGAUGACAUCAUUCCUGAGGCUCAAGUCAGCGGUAACGGCAGACUGGCUUCGUGGACCUCCAUUCUGGGAUUUGUCGUGAUGAUGUCACUAGAUGUGGGGCUGGGCUGAGGACGCCACGGCGACCGAAAAGAAAUAAACCAAGGCUCAGAGAAGCACAGCUGACCUCAGUUUUAAAGAAGGGAAACCAGUUGUUGAGUCUAAUUACCACUACUUGAAGUUGAACUGUGAGCAAACUUUAACAUGCAAUGAUUGCUGUACUUGAACUGAUAUGUUUUCUAUGAGAUUCUUACAGUUGAAUAAGACUGGAAGGUUUUGUGAUUCAAGUGCUGGUGAAGGUUUUGUUUGCUGAUGUUUUUUCAGAAAAAAAUAUAUUUAAUAUGACAGCUUAAAAACUAUUCUUUUGUCUUUUUUUCAGUUGAACAUGGCAUUAUGGGAUUUAAUAAGGGCACAUCAUACUAGUAACUUAAAUGUACAGAAUCUGGUGUUUCUUGUAUUCUUCAUAUAUUAUAAUUUAUUAU